AGCUGCUCUACGAUUUUAUGCAACUGGAUAUUACCAGCGGCCAGUGGGUGAGCAGUGGGGAAUAUCGAUGAGUCAGUCUUCAAUUUCAAGCAGUAUUCGCAAAGUGACAAAUUCCAUAAAUAAAAUAAAGUUCGGGCAGUAUGUACGCUUUCCAAUGACGGCAACAGAACGGCAUGAGGUUAUAGAACAAUGGACUGUUUCUCGACAUUGUUUCCCAGGGGCAAUAGGAGCAAUAGAUUGCACUCAUGAUGCCAUUCGAGGACCUUACGAGCAUGAGGAAUCUUAUGUGAAUCAUCAUGGCUAUCAUUCCAUUAAUAUACAAAUGAUAUGUGAUCCUACUUUGAAAAUUUUGAAUGUCAAUGCGCGUUAUCCCGGAGCACGUCAUGACUCCUUUAUAUGGAGUGCAUCCGCUACCCGCAGAGUUAUGAGAUCAUAUGAACGAGGAGAACGUGGAGUUUAUUUGAUUGGCGGUUCCGGUUACCCACUUGAGCCUUGGCUUAUGACCCCACUACCACAUGAACAAGAAGGCACAGCGAGGUACAGGUAAAAUGAUGCACUCUGUAAAGCUAGUAACGCUAUAGAGAGUCUUUUUGGAGUGUUGAAAAAUACAUGGCGUUGUUUAUCAGAGCAACGGGUUUUAGUUAACGAUCCAGGAUUUGCAGGCAGAAUUGUUAACGCCUGCGCAGUACUUCAUAACAUACGCAUCUCAGAGUGGGAAUAUGAAAUUCUUGAUACCGUACCGGAAACACCAAAUCACCUUUUCAAUGAGCCCCUUGAGGAAAUUUUACGACCAUCUGCAGCUGCAAGGAGAGUGCAAGAUCGCAUUAUUGCACGAUAUUCUAAUGUAUAGACGCUCCCUUAAUCUUACUAAUCUUACUAUCUUACUAAUAUUAUAAAUGUGAAAGUUUGUAUGUUUGGAUGUUUGGGAAAUCAUCACGCG